AUGGUGUCAAUACGCCUGGUGUGGUUGCUUAUGAACAAGAAUGCAUGCCCCCAACAAAUGUCUGGAUUUAGAAAAGGUCGCAGCAGCAUUGACAACGUAACCAAUCUCAUCAACUGCGUAAAGUUGAACAAAGCAACUGGCAACAUCACUAUCAGUGUAUUCCUCGACGUCAAGGGAGUGUUCGAUAAAGAGGUUCAUGAGUCUAUCCUACAUGCUCUGAGGUCAUUAGGUGUAGGAGGUCGUAUGUACCGCUGGAUCUUGAACUACCUCAGAGACAGGACAGUCUACAUGUCCACACAAGGUAGUAUUUCGGGUUCAGCCCUGGUCAUUCUCCCGGCUUUUGAUGUAUCUCAAUUCUUUUUCUUUGUGGACUUCAAGAUUUCCGCAUUCAACUAUGAUAGCCACAAGCAUGUGUUCCAGAUUACACAAAAGGAGAGCAAGGGCGAAGAGAGGGAGACAUUAAAGAAGAGCAUAGCAACGUGA